AUGGCGGGAAUAAAGCGCAGGGCUGAUGCGCCGGAGGCGUCCCACAGCAAAAGAACCAAGUCGAAGUCGUCGUCGGCGAAACCGGUUGAGGUGAAGGGAAGGUCCAAGCCAAAAGCCGCAAAGGUUGUCGAGGUGGACAGCGAUGAAGAUAUGCUAGAUGAUGACGACGACGAGGAGGAGGACGAAGAGGAAGAUGACGAAGAAGAUGAGAUGGAGGAAGACGGGGAAGAAGAAUUGAGCAACGAGUCUGACCAGAAAGCAGCCGCAAAUGGCACUUCAGAAAAUAAAACAAGCACAUCCAGAGAAUCUCACGCAAAGCAGAAAGCGCUCGCACAAGAGCGCAAAGCUGCCAGACCCAAUGCCGAUGCGAUUGCACGCACAAAGAAGAUCUGGGAACGACUACGGCGGAAAUCCCAUGUGCCGUGUGAAGAGCGCAAGAAGCUGGUGACCGAGCUAUACGGCAUCAUAACAGGUCGAGUAAAGGACUUCGUUUUCAAACAUGACUCUGUCCGAGUCAUCCAGACGGCGCUCAAGUAUGCGAACCUAGAACAGCGGAAGAACAUUGCCGUGGAACUAAAGGGCGACUAUCGGAGUUUGGCGGAGAGCAAGUACGCAAAGUUUCUGCUUGGAAAACUGCUGGUACAUGGAGAUGCAGAGAUACGGGAUCUGAUCAUCCCGGAGUUCUACGGCCAUGUGAAAAGGCUGAUUCGACAUCCAGAGGCCUCGUGGAUUCUGGACGACAUCUACCGAACCGUGGCCACCCCCAUGCAGAAGUAUAAGCUGCUUCGAGAAUGGUACGGGAUGGAGUUUACGCUUAUGAAGAAUGAGACCAGCGAUGAGAUACUGUCGUUGCCUGAGAUACUGGAGAAGAGCCCCGAGAAGCGUGGGCCUAUACUCCAGCAUCUCCACGGUAUGAUCAACCAGCUUAUCCAGAAGAAGACUACGGGCUUCACCAUGCUGCACGAUGGAAUGCUGCAGUACUUCCUCAGCACGAAGCCGGGCAGCGAGGAAGCCACGGAGUUCAUCGAGCUGCUAAAGGGAGAUGAAGAAGGGGAUCUAGCGAAGAACCUUGCAUUCACCAAGUCUGGCGCCAGACUGAUGUGUCUUGCGCUGGCAUACUCGAACGCCAAAGACCGAAAGCUGCUGCUGCGAAUGUACCGUGAUACCGUGAAGCUGAUGUCCGGAGACGUCCACGGCCACACUGUGCUCUUGGUGGCGUACGAGGUUGUGGACGAUACCAAGCUGACUCAGAAGCUGCUGCUGUCUGAGCUGCUUACCCAGGACGACCUGGUGCCGCGGGCUAACGACCAGCUGGCCCGCAUUCCGCUGCUCUAUUCGUUUGCGGGCAGGAAGAACGGAUGGCUGAUCACUGAUACAGACCGGCAGAUCCUGGACGAAGUGUUUGAGAUUCGAUCACAGACGUCUAAAAAGGACCCCGAGAUCCGCCAACGGGAGAUCGUCGGCGCUGCUUCUCCGGCUCUACUUGAAUGUAUAGCCAACAACGCCGCUGCCCUGGCCGAGACCAGCUUUGGAGCCCGUUUUAUCACGGAAGUCUUGUUCGACAGCACCGGCGACAAGACUGAUGCUCUCGAGGCGGUAGCCAGCCUGGCAGACACUGAUGCAGAGGCAGGCACAGAGGCAGAUGCAGAGGGCAAUGUCCUCAGGUCUCCUAACGCUGGCCGAAUGCUCAAGGCACUCGUCCAGGGAGGGCGGUUCAACAAUGCCACGAAGAAGGUAGAGCCCGUCCAGCCUCCGCUCAACUUUGCCUCGCUUCUGUACAAGCACAUCAAGGGUGACGUGCUGUCGUGGGCCACCGAGUGGAAUCCCUUUGUGGUCGUUGCCCUGCUGGAGUGCGAGGAGUUUGACAAGAGAGACGAGCUCGCAGCUACCUUGAAGAAGAGCAAGAAACAGCUAACAGAUCUGGCCAGCAAGCCCAGCAAGUCCAAGGGAGACGGAGAGGAGAAGCGGAAUCCUGCCAGCAGCGCUGCAAAGUUGCUCCUGGAGAAGAUUGCAUGA